CAGACAUUCCUUUUGUUGGUUUUCAUAACUUUGGUUGGUCACAUUUCCAUCAUCAAAACCACAUUCCUUCCCUUUCAAUAUUGGGUUAUUGAUGGAGACUGUUGAGCUGAAGGUAGAGAUGGUGGGGAUACAUGAAAAGAGACUAAGGAAAUGCCUCUCCAAAGUUAAGGGGAUUGAGAAGGUUGAAGUGGAAGUCAGCAGCCAGAAGGUGGUGGUGACAGGGUACGCACACAAGAACAAGAUAUUGAAAGCAGUGAGGAGAGGUGGAUUGAAAGCAGAGUUUUGGUCUGCACAAAAUGAGAUACUUCUCAAUGCUUGUGCAAGUAGCAGUUUUGGAAGGAUCAACAACUUCAACUUCUUCUAAGUGUCUUUCUCUGUUUUCUUACAUGAAGUGGGCCAUGUUGGUGAGCACCUGCACCUUUACACGUGGCACACGUGUCAACCCAGCAUGUGGAUAGGACAUCUAAGCCGUGUUUUGAGGUGGGCUCCACCGUGCAGAUGACCCAAUGUGAAGAUCGGGUGGGCCGGGCCAUCUUGACUGUGCGGCCGACCGUAUGGACGGAUCAGAUGUUCCCACAAAUGUACUUUGGUAAGGCAAAAUGUAAAGAAAGAGAAUGGAGGUGUUUUGGAAA